UGCUCCUUAAUUUGUAAACUUAGAUGUCAUUUUCCUUUUUCAGAAGUUUUAAAGGAACUUGAUGAUGCUUAUGAAAAGUAUAAGCAAGAAACAGACAUUACUCAAAGAAAACGGUUGCUGCAUCAACUCCAGCGAGCAUUAAUUAACUCCCAAGAGCUGGGAGAUGAGAAGAUUCAGAUUGUUUCUCACAUGAGUGAGCAAGUGGAGAACUGUGCAAGGGAGAUGGAUAGUCACUCAGAAUGUUUUGAGGACCAAAAUGAACAUGAGAGCUCUGUUGAGAAGAUCAAAAUGGAAGUGUCACAAACUGAAAGACCUUCCCGAAGGCUGCGUAGACAAAAAAACGGUGAAAACCGUGAUUUGUGUCAAGUUGGUAAUGAAACUGAAGAGGCAGAGGAGCCUCCUAAAGAAAAAAGAUCAAAAUCUGCAAAAAAGAAGCGCUCAAAAGCUAGACCAGAAAGGGAUAUCUCCCCCAUUGAUUUUCCUAUCGAUCCAAAUGAACCAACUUACUGUCUGUGCAACCAAGUGUCUUAUGGUGAAAUGAUAGGAUGUGAUAAUGACGAAUGCCCAAUUGAGUGGUUUCACUUUUCUUGUGUAGGCUUAACAUACAAGCCAAAAGGCAAAUGGUAUUGUCCUAAAUGCAGAGGUGAUACUGAAAAGACUAUGGACAAGUGCAUAGAAAAAUCAAAAAAAGAUAGGAAGUUAAGGUAGUGACUACCAUAAAUAUUACAAGGUUUUCAAACUUCUCCCAUCAUGUAUAUUAGCUUAAAAUGUAUGUGUAACUAUGCAAUCAUUUUUAUGAUAGUAUUAAACAUUGCUGAAUUUUGAUUAAUGUAUAUUGACUCAUGAACCCAAAUGAUACAUACCUCCAUAUUUUUUGAAGUAGCC